CUCAUUCCAUGCCUAAUCAGAGUAUAAUCAAAUAAAUUCCACCCCAUUUCCUUUGUUAAACCCCACCAGAUUCUGCUUUCCCUUUUUGGGGAUGUCGAACAGUAGUCCUAAAGAUUGAAUUUUUUAGGCCUGCUGAUAAUGGCGGACAAAGUGAAGCUCAUUCUUUCAAAGCCGAUCCAGUUGGCGGACAACGUUAGCAAAGCUGCAGACGAGGCGAGUUCCUUCAAGCAAGAGUGCGCAGAAUUGAAGUCCAGGACGGAGAAGCUCGCCGCCCUUCUCCGCCAAGCCGCGCGUACCAGCAGCGAUCUCUACGAGCGGCCGACGCGGCGGAUCAUUGACGACACCGGCCAGGUUCUGGAAAAGGCUUUGAACCUUGUCCUCAAGUGUCGCGCCCACGGCCUCAUCAAGCGCGUCUUCACCAUCAUCCCCGCCGCCUCCUUCCGCAAGAUGCAAUCCCAACUCGAUAACUCCAUCGGCGACAUGUCCUGGCUCCUCCGAGUCUCCGCCUCCGCCGACGAACGCGUCGGAGAACACCUCGGCCUCCCUCCCAUCGCCUCCAACGAGCCCAUCCUCUGCCUCAUAUGGGAACAGAUCGCUAUCCUCCACACCGGGUCUCCCGACGACAAGGCCGACGCAGCGGCCUCACUUGUCUCUCUCGCCAGGGACAACGACCGUUAUGGGACGCUGAUAAUGGAGGAAGGUGGCGUUGGGCCGCUGCUAAAGCUCCUGAAGGAAGGCAAAGUAGAAGGCCAAGAGAACGCCGCCAGAGCAAUCGGGCUGUUGGGCCGGGAUCCCGUAAGCGUCGAGCACAUGGUGCACGCCGGCGUAUGCCAAGUGUUUGGUAAAAUGCUCAAACAAGGUCCCAUGAAAGUACAAGCCGUAGUAGCAUGGGCGAUCUCGGAGCUGGCUUCCCAUUUCCCCACAUGCCAAGAUCUCUUCGCCCAGAACAACAUCAUCCGCUUACUGGUAGGCCAUCUCGCCUUCGAAACAGUCUUGGAACACAGCAAGUAUGCUGUUUCUUGCAAGGCGACUUCAAUCCACGCCCUUGUGUUAGCCAGCAAUGAGAAUUCUCUGAAGGCUAACACGGUAACAAAUGAUGAUGACGAUUACCUGAAAAGCAGAGUUGCUCACCCCUUGGAGAACAACAAGAAUCAUGCUCAGAUUCAUAACGUGGUUAACAAUACAAUGGCCAUGAUAAAUCCAGCUAAGCAGAACCACUCCAGUCAUCAUCACCAUCAUCAUGCCAAAGAGCUUGAGGAUCCAUCUACCAAGGCCUAUAUGAAAGCCAUGGCGGCAAGAGCGUUGUGGUACCUCUGCAAAGACAACUCUCCCAUUUGCCACAGCAUAACUGAGUCUAGAGCUCUAUUGUGUUUCGCGGCUCUCUUGGAGAAAGGGCCAGAAGAGGUCCAGUACAACUCAGCAAUGGCGGUGAUGGAGAUCACCGCUGUGGCAGAGAAAGACGACGACCUGAGAAGGUCAGCGUUCAAGCCAAACUCUCCGGCAUGCAAGGCUGUGGCGGACCAGCUGCUCAGAAUCAUCGAGGAGCCUGUCCCGAAUCUCCUCAUACCGUGCAUUAAGACAAUUGGAAAUCUUGCCAGGACGUUUAGGUCAACGGAGACAAGGAUGAUUCGUCCUUUAGUCAAGCUUCUCGAAGACCAAGAAACUGUGGUCUCCAAAGAGGCGUCAAUAUCUCUCGCCAAGUUUGCAUGCACGGAGAACUACCUUCACUUGGACCAUUCCAAGGCGAUCAUAGCUUCAGGUGGAGCGAAGCAUUUGGUUGAACAUGUUUAUUUUGGUGGACAGACGAUUCGAGGUCCUGCAUUGUAUCUACUUUGUUACAUUGCCAUGCACGUUCCUGACAGUGAAGAGCUUGCCAAGGCCGAAGUUCUGUCGGCUCUAGAAUGGGCAUCAAAGCAGCAGGGGCUCUUGGUUCAAGAUGACAAGGUGGAGACAUUGUUGUGUGAAGCCAAGAGCAGGUUGGAAGUGUAUGCACACUACAAAACUUGAGGAGGUUUUACCCGAGCGAGGCCACUCGUGUGCAGUGGCAUGCCCCGUCUCCGUAGGAGUGGUAAAAUCCCACAAGCGAUAGAAAGAAGGUAUACUACUAGAGCUACCUGUAUGUGAAAUGUUUUUGAAGGUCUUAUAUUAGUUGAGAACUGUGAAUUAAGCGAGUCAUUUUUGUGGCUACCUCAAGGAUUGGAAUAACAGCACAGGUGACUAACUUUUG